AGAUCGAUUCGGCGUCCAACUAUAGCGGCGCUAUCGAUUAGGAUGUAUCAGAUGGUAUCAGCUCGAUGGGCAAUGAGUAGGCUGACUGGCAUUGUCAGGAGGUUGAAUCAGUUGGACGAGUUGCCCAGCUCACAAACCGAGUCGAAUGGGCGGCGCCAAGGAAGCAAUUAUGAAAAGUGGUGGUCUAAUAUUUUAGUGACGAAAAACAUCUUCCUAUCGCAUUCGAUGAAAUACUCAACCCUCAGUACCAUAAUAUGGUCUAUGCUAAGGGCGAAGCGUCAGCGGUUAAAGCAUGGAUUCAUUGCGCACGUUUAUGAUGUAUCUGAAGCAGUCUCGCCGGCAAUUACGCUUGGAUUUCUGGGCACAGACUCGCGCAUUGGGGAGUUAUUAUAUUGUGUUACCUAUUUCAAAAUAAUCAUAACGCAGUUCGUUGCUGAUAUUUUCAACUCGAAGCGAGUUCGCUACACAACAUUGGAUGAAUUGGCCGAAGACGUGUGGAUCAUUCUUGAAAACCGCACAGAAGCGAUCCGAACGCGGCUUGCAACUGAACUCAUCCCCGUCUAA